AUGUUUUCACAUUUCUCCUUUGACUGUAUCUUGCUGCUGCUUCUGCCACUUACAAGGUCUUUGGAGGUGGAGGAGGGUCAGAAUGCUGUUUUGCCCUGCAGCUAUUCUCCGACCCCUUCAGUAAAUCUCAUGUCUGUAUGUUGGGGCCAUGGAUCCUGUCCACUGUCACAAUGUCAUAAAACAGUACUCACCACUGAUGGAAAUCAAGUGACCUUCCAGAAAUCCAGCAGAUACCAGCUAAACGGAUAUGUACACGAAGGAGAUGUGUCCCUGACCAUCGAGAAUGUGACAUUAGCUGACAGUGGGGCCUACUGCUGCCGGGUACAAAUCCCAGGCCCACUAAAUGAUAAAAAACUGACCUUGGAACUGCACAUUACACCAGCCAAGGUUGCCACGGCUCGGACCCCUUGGAGAGACUUUACGACAAUCUUCCCAAGAUUACUCACCACCAAGGAUGACCGCACAGCUGAGGUGCAGACAUUGGAGAUCCUCCUUUAUAGUAAUCAAACACAAAAAGCCCCACUGGCUAAUGAGUUACAAGAUUCUGCCGUGACAACACGAAUAGCUGUCUACAUCGGCGUAGGGAUCUCUGCUGGAUUGGCUCUUGCUCUCAUAUUUGGUGUUUUAAUUCUCAAAUGGCAUUUUCAUAAGAAAGAGAAGUUGCAGAACUCCAGGCUUGUUUCUCUGGCCAGUCUCUCUCUCUCAGGGUUAGCAAAUGCAGGAGCAGAGGGGAUGCGCUCAGAGGAAAACAUCUACACUAUUGAGGAGAAUGUUUAUGAAAUGGAGGAUCCAAAUGAAUAUUACAGCUAUGUCAGCAGUGAGCAGCGGCCCUGA